AUGUUUCGUCGCAGAAGUGCGUCUCGCCAUCAGCCUUUGAAUACCACGCCUUCUGCAUCCGCCCAGUCCGCCGCUUCGCGGGCUUUCACAGCUAGCCAAGAUGCCAGCGCAGGUCUCUCUUCCGCAGCCGCCGCUGCUGCACUGCGAAGUCACACGCCGCCUCCUACAUCUGUCGGAAGUGUCCAGACAAAACGGAUGCUGCAACGGCAGCUAUCAAACUCGUCUCGCGGCAGCUCAUCAGGUGGCUUCCGUCAUGGCUCUCAACCUACCCUGCGCCGUACUCCCAGUUCUGGAUCGAUGACAUCGCGUACCUUUCGCGAGCCCUCUCCUGCCGGUCGAUCACAAACCAGCUUGAGCAAUUCUUCUUACCACGCCCCUCCAGUGCCCCCGAUUCCACAGAACAUGCCGAAUCGCACCAUGCCACCUCGACGAUCAGCAAGCGUUCAGCCGAAUAGGGGUAAACCGCCGUCUACAAAAUCAGGGACUGGCCGGGUACUUAGUCUGGAUCGCGCCCCUAGUGAUGUUACUGCAAGGGCCACAUCUCCACGCAGCAGCAUUGCCAUAGGAAAUUCGCCUGAAAUCGAACGCCCGGGGAGCAGGACAUCCGUUAAUUUCUCUUACCCGAUAAGCGCACGACCCAACUCUCCACCACAUUCACCGGUGCAGCAUGAAAUGAGAAGGAAUUCAGUCGAGCAACCACCAAGCGCAUCGCUAUCUCCUGUGGAAACUGCCAGUAUUCAACAAUCAAUAAGUAGCACUGCUAAUCGGAAAGAGAAGACAAAGCCACAGACAGCUGCGCCAAAGGCAAGAGAGGGGAGCCAUUUUGCACAUAAAACCAUGGGAAGUCGUCCUACAGGGACCGCACUGGAAGAUGAGAAUGAAGUUUACGAAGAGGAACCGCCUCAACCAGUGACUCAAGAAUCCGCUCAAGGAUCAGCUACAGGAUUUUCCUUUGACCAAUCUAUCCCUGUCGCCGAAAACCUAUCUUCUUCUGUGGUCUACGAGCAUGAUAGUGUUCAGGCUGUAGAUAAUGAGAGCGUUCGGCCUCAGCCUAAGAAGCGUCCUUCAAUGGUAAUGGAAGAUAAUGAAGGGGAGGAGCUAGCGGAAGCGGCAGAUGCUGUACAAGGAGAAGUUGCCGAAUCUCCUGCUGUACAAAGAUCACAAUCUGCACGCGAGGCUCUUGACAUCCACCCUAUCCAUACGACUCAAAUGGUAGCCAAUAUACAAAACCGGCCAUCACCGUCUACCUCAUCAGCACCUUCGUCACCCGCAGAUAGACUCACCGUCGAUUACAAUACUACUGACAAAAGAUUACCCGAACGGCAGCCAUCCAUUAGUCCCAAUCGGUCCGCUAGGUUUUCGACUCAAUUGACUAUUGGUUCAAACUCGCCUCUGCAUGAGCCUCCCCCACGAUCAGUUUCUCCUGCAAAGCCAGCUCUCAAGAAUUCUUCCUCGCCAGAUCGCCGUAUGCAUUUGGGGAAAACCCCGAGUGAAUUUUCCGAUGGGACAUCUGUAGCUUCGGAUGAUGGAUCUCGAACUGGCUCAAAAAAGAAACUCGCCAAGGUCAGUUUCGACGAUGAAGCUGAAGUUGUGGGAGUGGCUGCUAGUCCACCUACUUCCCCAGAGCCAAUGAACAGGUCCCAAAGUCCUGUGGAGAAGCUCAAGUCAAAGAAGUGGUUUGGUAUUGGCUUGAAAAAAGGAACUAGUACCAAAGAUGUUACAGGGGAUGAUGAAUUUGAGUCAGUCCUCCGGCCCAGGCCAGCACUUCCGUCUUUCGGCAGUAUUCGUGGCACCAGGGAUUCAGAAAAUGCUACUUCUUUGGCUGCAUCUGAUGAUGAUUCAGACCUAUCAUCCGAUGACGACUUGGACUCUCGAAAUAUGGGUGCUUCUAGUGAUCACGCCAUUGGCGGUAUUCUUGUCAACGCUCACCAACAUCGUUUUGGUGACCCGACAAACGAGUCUUCGCUUUCUGAAACGGAAACACGUAACCACGCAACGCCAGAAGUCCCAAGCGAAAACCAAAUUCUGGAUGGUGCUGUUGUACACAAUCUUCCUACUGUCCAGGAAGAGGAGAGCCAGAGCCUGACCCCUCCGGCGAACCUAACAGAGGCAUCACCCGUUCCAGACCCUGAGAUCGUUGCUAAAAAGACAGUCAAGGAGCAACAAGAUGAGAUGCUUAAAGAGCCUGUGCCUACUAUUGCUAUUCAACCCGCCACACCUGGCGAAGAUCAUCGACAGAGCAUUGACCUUCGCGAUAUGCCGGGUGGCUUCCCAUCGUAUGUAGCAGAGCGGGUUACUCCAGUACAGACUCAGCAAAAUUUGGCGUCGCAGAUAAAAUCUUCAACCCAGUCUUCAAAAGAUAUAAAGCCACCACCUCAAGAAGAGGAGAGUGAUGAUGAUUCUGGAGAAAGCAUUUAUAGCGAUGCUGCCGAGGAUCCUGACGAACUCGAAAACGGUGUUUUUGGCUCAAUUAAUGCUAUUGUCGAUAGCCCCGUGCCAACUGGGACUCAGUUGCCAAAGGAAGCUCCAGAUAGUCCUACUCGCACACCCACGCAAUCAGAUCCGUUAGCAAAGGUCGCCGAACCAGUGCCUUCUCCGUCUUUAGAGGCUAUUAACCCAACAAUGCCCGCAACUCCUAACCCAUUGCAAGGGCCAAUCGCUUCUACGGUUAGCUCACAGAAGCAGCGGAAUCCCGCCCCAGCUAAUCCUUCGUGGCCACUCAAACCCCCACUGAGCUCCUCAGUCAGCCCUUCUACUCCAGUUCAACCAGAACACAAGGACUUGUCGCCUAGUCCGCACCAGGGUUCUCAUUUGCGAAAAGCGUUGGACAAAGGGGACGUUCAGCGGCUCCAGCAACCUAGGCAAUCCUUCAAUAAGACCUCUUCCCCUUCUUCGUCUACACAUGCAAGAUCCAAACGUGCAUCGGCACCAAGCCAGAUUGAGGUCAGGGGCAAUGCGUUCCCCAGGAGGCAAACCAACACCAAGCCUCUUCCACAGUCUAUGACCUACCCUGCCAGUCUGUCAAAGAUGACAUCGAACGACAGUGAUUCGGAUAGUAGUUUCAAACGAACUCGGCGUUCGUCUCGUUCCGGAGCUGGGGGCCAAUUCUCUAUGAGGAGAACAAUGCGAACCAGCACAUCAAUCUUGGAGACUGAUGCUACGAGAGCAACAUCUCCACGGACGUCCUCCAUGCGCACCACUAUGAGGGGACCGCCUUCUGAACGCUCAUCCGGUUUUGGCAGCCUGAGAGAUAACUCUACACGUCUGCGGCCACGGAGCAUGGUGGUGUCUUCAAAUGCUGGGUCCCGACUUGAAGAUUCGGACGAUGAGAGUAGCGGUGGCCGUCGUUUGUUUAGAAGUCGAUUUGCUGAUUCCAGUGAUGAAGACGAGCCGACUACUAGCAAUUUGACACCAGUCCGAGGCAUCCCCAGGCGUCAAGGUAAAUAUGAUGGCGAAUCAACUGAUCUGGACGACAGUUCAGACGAACAAACGAAGCGGCAAAUACGAAACGGCGCUAUCAGAGCUAGUCAGCAGAUGACCCAAGAGGACAUAGACAGGAUUCUCUCUCAACCAAAGAAAAAGGGGAUACUUUCACGGUUUAGGUCACCGACCAGGGGUAGCGGGAAAGACGGCAAAGUCCAGAAGUCUAACAUAGAGGGCCCUGCUAAAAGGGACACCCCGUUGGAGAGAUCCCGUCUGGAACUGGCACGAACGAGGGACGAGGCCGAUGCGUACUCAGCUCGACCGAUCUCUCCGAAACUGCAGAAAAAGCAGAAGCAUGCAUUCAAUGACACUUGGCCUUUAUCGUCCGAGCAGUCUUCACCACUGAAGUCUAUUCCAGAUGACACUCGGACCCGCCCAUCGACAUCUGACGGUAUUGUGAACGGUUCAAAUGCCAGGGAUCAUUCUGGUGGUGUUCGUCCUCAUAUCAAUCGACAUGGGACUAGCGGCAGCAUAGAUUCGAGAGUAACAUCAACUGCAUCGGAGGUUGUUGUUGGCCACACAGGCAAGAAGAAACGAUUCCCAAUGUUGAGGAAAGCAUUCGGUUUACGUGAUUGA